GUCGGCCACCUCGAAAUCGAUUCUUGGGCAGCAUUUGCGUCAGGGCAUGUUGACUGUGGGUCUGAACUACUGCAUCAGGAUGGGGACCUGCAUGCGGCCGUUCCAGAUUUGAGGCAAUCAUGAUUCCCCGGGUGAUUGUAUUUGACUGGAGCUCUUCUUCCCUCCUCGAUUCCCCCCUCGCUUUCCCCUCUUUUCUCCCCUUGCUUGAUAACUAUCUCGCAAGGGAUGGGGAAAAGCGAUUAUUCUCGAACAGUGGUGGGCAGUGACUCGGGGUAUGGAGGGGACGAAGCGACGGACCGGUCGUCUUCUUCCCUGCACCCUCUAGAAGUCCGAAAGGGCUACCAGAUCGGUCCGUGUGCAAAGCUCCAUAUUGGCGAUGUCUUUGAGUUUCUUUGGGCCGACUGCCCAGAGUUUGAAUACGAGUGGAAGUGUCUCGGUUACACCAGAUUCAUUGUGCUUCGCCAUUCCGACAGCUUCCCCAUGCACUGCGCCUGCGUACCAAUAUCCGUAGGCGGCAAAAGAAACUUCGCGAAACCGGGCAUCGACACAUUACAGCAAGGACAUGUCUACGCCUCGGGCCAGGGAGAAAGGGACCGCGACCGCGACAGCGCAGAUCCGCAGACACCCAGCCAGCACGAGGCGCGCCAUCCGACACUCCCCUACUCGCCCGUUGGCAUUAACUUGCACAGCGGCCGGCACAAGGUGAAGGAAGACUCCCGUGCUAAUUAUGCCGAUGUCGUUGAGGUGGACCACGAGGCCCAGGUAAUGGUUGUAGGUGAUGUUGUCAAGUACUUUGACCGAAUUCGCAAGAAUGUGAACAAGGCAUUCAUGCGGCAGAUUUUGCGGGAUGCCUUGGGUGACUACUGCGAGCGCAAGAGGAGCGAGUCUGAGGCAGCUGGGACCAGAGGAUGGGGCAACAGCACGGCAUCACUUAUCAAGACAGGAGAGGCCCACCCAGAGAGCGGUGCGCUCGCCCCGGACGAGGUUGCCCCUGUGAACGACCCUCCAGAAGAUGCCCCGCCUGAACACGUGCAAUCCGAGGAAGCUCAACCUGAGGAGGCGCCGCCCGAGCACGUUCAGCCUGAGCCUGUGCACCCAGGAACAGUGGAGAGAGCGGCCGAGGAAAGCUCCAGCGAUGGCCGGAGGGAGGAAGGCGAAGACUGGGAGCCGUCAAUCAGCAGCAACACUUCUCACCCACCUCGCACUUCAGAUCAUCCGAGUCGUACUGCCAGAGCCGCUUCACGGUCAGGUGCGCAUUCAAGAACUCGCUCAAGGAACCACUCAAGAGCAGGAAGUCCCGUGCGAGAGGCUCAGAUUGGGUUAAGACCGGGCAUGGACCGAGCCGGACUCCAAAGCCUGCGCAAUCUUAGACGUGGGGCUCCAAGCGAGGAGCACGACGAUACGCUGUCUCUGCGGUCGCUAGCCAUGGUGGGAAGGACCGAUACGGGCUCAUCAAGACGGUCGAGGAGGUGACAUUGACUUUUUGUGCCUCGCCUAUCGUUGCUACAGACCAGUUCAGUCCUUGAAACGAUUGAUGGCGCGCUUGCCAUUAAUGCUUUAACGAGACCAGAGAUACGAGGGAUCAACGGAUUAUAUACAUAUGUAUUGGGUUUGCUCGGGGAAGGGGCUCCAUUAGAAUACCACAAGCAUCCCAUGUAACGAAAGAUUGACGAGUUCAAUGAUCAUCAAUGUUUCACGGU